UAAAUAUCGCUUUAUGCAAAUCACAUCAUUAUUUCUUGCGCAAUUAAUGACGUGUGAAUCAACCGAGCCAAUUUCACUCUCAAGUUUCUUUUGACUAAAGUCCAAGUAUCCAAGUCUCAACUGUCAUGCUUCUACUCUAUGGUCAAAUGUCAAAAAGUGACAUAACUUUCACAACAUGAACAUAACCUAAAAAAACAACACAAAACACAAAAAUGCGUCUAAUAAACUUAUUUAAAUCGUUAACCCUUACUUCUCAAGUGCAAAUCAUACGUUUAAGUUCUGAUUACGCGCCAAAAGCUCUUCGCAGCUUGAAGGCAAAAUCUACGCGGAAUACAGUGCAAUAUUAUGUGGAUUCCUACCGGGUUCGUGCAGUUGGUGGCUCCGGGGGCGAUGGCUGCAUAUCCUUCCUCAGUGCGUGGUGUAAGGACCACGCCGGGCCUGACGGAGGCGAUGGCGGGAACGGCGGACAUGUUAUAUUUCAGGCUACGUACUCCUGCAAGAGCCUGAACCACUGCAAGUCGGUAGUACAGGCGCAGCACGGAGAGAAGGGCUACAACAAGGACUGCUGCGGCAAGAAUGCUCAGCACAUAGUCGUGCCCGUGCCUUUAGGUACUAUAAUCCGCGACGCUUCCGGCCGCGUGGUGGGUGACUUAAGCUCAGAAGGCGUGAUGUUCGUAGCAGCGCGCGGCGGCUCGGGAGGCAGAGGGAACAAAUUCUUUCUCACCGACACUGAACAGGCUCCUAGUGUGGCAGAAUUAGGUGCCGUGGGUGAAACUAACGUGUAUACUCUAGAAGUUCGCUCCAUGGCGCAUAUUGGACUCAUUGGCUUUCCUAACGCUGGUAAGAGCACGUUACUUCGAGCGCUGACUCGCGCGCGUCCCACCGUAGCACCCUACCCCUUCACCACGUUACGACCACAUAUCGGCAUGGUGCCGUACGAUGAUUAUGAACAAGUAGCCAUAGCAGAUCUUCCGGGUUUGAUUCCCGGCUCGCACAAGAACUACGGUCUAGGCAUCCAAUUCCUUCAACAUGCGGAACGUUGCAGAGGCCUUAUAUACUUGCUUGACGCUACAAAUGAUCCUCUCACUCAGUAUAACACUCUCUCCUAUGAGUUACAACAGUACAAUGCUAAUUUUACAAACAGAAGGGCUUGUAUUGUCAUAAACAAGAUAGAUUUAGAUGAAGGAAAGAAGGUAUAUGAAGAUAUUAAAAAAUCUAUGGAUGUUAUAGGCAUAUCGGCGAAGACGGGACUCAAUUUGAGUGAGCUUUUGAGGGUAGUUAGAGAAAUGUAUGAUGGGGAAGAGAGAUGAAAAGUUAGGCUAUAUAUCUAAACUAAUAUUAUAAAUGCGAAAGUAACUCUGUCUGUCUGUCUGUCUGUUACGCUUUCAUGUCUAAACCACUGAACUGAUUUAAAUAAAAUUUGGUACAGAGAUAGAGCUGACCUUGAGAAAGAACAUAGGAUAGUUUUUAUCUGUGAAAAUUUCAACUCUCUAACUAUCAUGAGAUACAGCCUGGUGACAGACGGACGGACGGACAGAGGACAUGACUGUUUACAAAAACAAUUAUACAAGCCGGCCGGACAAGCCGUUUUUGAGAUAAGCAAGUUCAAACUUCAGUUUCGCAAUAUUAAUUACCUAAAGAUUGAUAAAAUGUGACGCAAUUUUCUGUUUUUUGAAAACAUGGUUAGAUUUUUUAAAAUCAUUUAAUAUCUAAAUAACUAAGUAGGUAAUUUAGUUAUCAUGAAAUAUGUAUGUGUUGUGUAAGAUUUCCUUGUAAAUAGUGUAGAUAAUAAAGAGCUGAAUAAUA